AUGCCGACCGCGCGUCGCAAGUCCGCCAGUCCCACCAAGCACACAGCUUUUGCCCUGAGCGCCGCCCAACCCUCACGACGCCGCGGCGCUUGGCGUCCACCGCCCGUGUAUCUUGCCGAUGGAAAGACAGUCUAUCAAGACUAUGUGCGCCCUCCCCCUGGUCAGGCUGGGUUCGCCCUUAACACUCGACGGGCAGAAGAGCUUGAUGAUCGGCCCCCGCCCCUAGACGCAGAUGGAGAGGCACCUGAGGAUGCUCCCGAGAUGUACAUGGCGUAUAUUGGCAGCGAUGUUGCACCGUUAGGCCCGCAGACAACGCAUUCUCGUCUGCGAGGAAAGCAGACCAGGCGUUGGAUGGAGGAAGUCUUUCCGGUCAUAUUACCAGUGUAUGCAGACCUGGUGCGCCGCACCGAGCGGCUGCGACACUUGGAACGGGUCAUGCCAUACACAAGGGAAUGUAUCUGCGGCAGACAGCGAGACGUGCAAGUGUACUUGCUCAGCUGGCACGAUGUGCAACGAACGUUGUUGACCUACUGCGCGUGCUGUCCAGCAGCUCCUCAACUUGUCGCUCGUGGCCUAUUCCCCAGCUCACCAAUCGAACCCCAUCUGGCCAUCGACAUGAGAGUCUUGGACUUCGCGCAAGAUCUCUUCCUCAAUCAAGCACCCAACAACCGUGCGCUGACGAAGACGAUCGAGCAGUGCCUCGAUCAUCUGGGGUACAAACUGCCUAACCGAGAAUCCCUGCGUCGUCAAUUUGGUAACACCCUCGAGUACUACACAAUCUUGCGUCACCGGACAGACCAGGCGAUGGACGACAUACUUCAAAGCGUGCGGGAGGAGAUGCGCGAAGAAGAGGAACAUUGCGAACGGCCAUCAACACCUACUCCCUCACCCCACCGCGGUGCUGAAGAAUCUCCGCGCAAAAGAAGGCGCAGAGAACUCGAGUCGUCCCCACCAUCCUCUCCGACUAAGCGCACCCGAGCACUGUCUUCCUCUCCGACCCGGGCGUUCAUGCCCCCGUCUUCAUCACCUGGCCCCAGCCCCGAGCAGUCGUCUUCUCCAGGUCCAUCCUCCCCCAUCGCUGAGUCAUCCGGCACCGCCGGGCCGAUCUACCCGUUCCUGACGCCUCAAGACCGUGUCCGACCCAGCGAAUAUCUGCGUGGCCGAUGUCCCGCAUGCUUUGGUGGCAAAUGGGAAGAUGCACGAAUGGCGCUGCAUUGCAUCGUUUGCGGAGAUGCAUGCUUUACGCAAAAAAGGAACAAGGAUCGGGGGCAGCAAGACCCGGUACGCGCGCAUCCGAAGUCUUCUUUUCUACCCGAUGAAGCGACGGAAAAGAUGGCUCAGUGGGUCGAAGGGAUCCGUCCCACGCGUCCUGCUCCGGGCUCAGCGGCUGCACCAACACAAGAGGCCAAUGAUGAUGACGAGAUCGAAGCACCGUCCAUUCCUCUGCCGCGAUCUGUGCUCAAUGAGUGCGAGCGGUCUUUCGCUGCAGCAGACGAGACCAGAGCAAAGAGCAGUUCUCAGUUCUUUGACGAUAAGGGGCUCAUGGGCUUGUCGUGUCGUCACGACAACCUUCUCUUCCUGGCAAACAUCAAGACGCCUGGCGAACGCCAGUUCUACAUGUUCGCCCUCAUUGAAGCUUUGCUCCAGCACUUGCCGACCGACUUUGUCGUCGGUUUCCUGUACAACAUCGCCUGCCAGUUGCAACGGUCAGCAGUAAAGUUCGACUUUCUUCCCCCCGCGUACAUGGAGAGAUUAGAGUGGGCAGUGUCUGUCCUGCACUUGUACGGGCAUGGCGCUGCUUGCCAAGCAGUUUAUCAUCCGAGACGGCGCACUCAUUUCGGGUUUUCUGAUGGAGAGUCGCUGGAACGCUUCUGGCACUCUCUUAGCCAUUUGGUAUCGUUUCUUCGUGUUUGCGGGUAUCACAAGCGCCGCUAUACGCUCGAUGCACAAGUGAUCCAUCUUCACAAAGGAAACCUCUCACGAUUAGGAACCUGUCAAUGUCCACAUGAAGAACUGGUCCUUCGGGCAGAGCACGCCAAGCAGGUUGCGGCAAUGUCCAAGCCACAACCGCGUCAAUCAAAGAAUGCAGGCAAACUCGCCGUCCAAGACGUGCUGCGGAAGACGCUUCUCAUGGACAAACUGAAGGCGCAGAUGUCUCAGUGGAAUGACACCAUCUUCAAAGAAGACGCGGAUCCUAUUUACGUCCACUUUGCAGAGCAAGAGUACGCUAAAGCACAUGAGAAGCUGAGCAAGUUGGCGGAAUCAGUGCGCAAGCAGAAGGCGACGAUGGGAGUGGAAGACAAGGCCGAUCUGUCUAAGAUGGUGCAGAGCAAGUACAUCCAGGUGCGGAUGAAUGCUGCCGCCGCCAAGACAAAGUUACGCAGCCGUUUGAGGCAGAGAAAGUUUGAGCUCGAUCGGGUCGAGCACGCGAAACUGACAACUCACAUCGAGGACGCAGUCAAACGCGACCGAAGUAUCAAAGAUCUGUGCAAACUCUACAACAACUUGUGCGAACAACUGCAGGAGCUCAUCGAUCUCCACCGUGCCCCACGGAACGCGGUGGCACCUGGACCAAUCAAUGAGAAGGACAUCUGGGGGCUGGAUGUCGAUGCUGAUGUCUGGCUGGACAUUGGUUUGACAGACAUCGACGAGGAGGUUGACCCGCCGUUGUGGAUGAGCAGCGAUUCUGUCCGCAAGGGCAUUCAGGCUCUACUCGAACGGGACCGAUGUGACGAGGAAGAGCCACGUCUACAUCACGAGUGCCGGGCGCUGCGCUGGUGGAUGGCAGAGGAGUGGGACGUUGUUGGGCGGGCCCUGCAACUGGCAGGCAAGGCUAAUGAAGAGGCAGUCGUCUUCCAGCUCAAGCUUCGCCAGUCAGAAUUGACGAAACUGACCGCAGCAUGGGAGAAGCCGCUGCGACAAAUCCCGUACCCAACCGAGGGCCUCCCCCCUUGGGGUCCUUCAGAUAGGGAUGUACUACAGAUUCGCGUCGAAGAUGUAUCUGCCCGUACGAGAGAUGGUGCCCCAAGCUGGGGGAACGACGAGUGGAAGGAUACCAAUGGGGACAAGGACUCCGGUAGUGAGACUGAGUCCAACGGCGAGUCUCUGCCUUACGAUGAGCUGGAGGCCUUCGAGCGUGGCGGCAUCGUCUGGGAUGAGGAACUACUAUCAUAG